GCUUGGUCGACAUAACCACAGUCUCUGUCUGGAUCCUCCAGUUCCAUCGAUUCCAACUCCCGAUAUUCUUACUGAGUUUUUCAUUUCUUCCUGCAGAGUCUUCUUAUCGGAUGAGAAGUGAAACCCACAAAUUUGCAAGUAUCAAAACAUAUAGAAGCAACAUUACUUAACAAAUUUCAUCAACAAAGAUUCAGAAUCAAUCUUACUUCAUUGAACAAUCACAAAAAAGAGCAGAAUAAAAAUGUCUACUUUCUGUAUUGGAAAUCACUAUAAUGGUUUCCAAUAUCCUUCACCACUUAAACGAUCUUAUUCUACUAACUCUAAAUCUCUGCCUAAGUCAUUAAGCCAGAGGCGAUUCCUAGGUCAAUCAAAUUCCCAAUUUGGAUCAUCUCCCUGGGGAAUUGAUUAUCUGAAAUGGCGCAGAAAAGGGUUUCUUGUGAGAACUGAAGAAGAGGAAAAAAAUGGUUCAUUUUCUUCAACGGAUAAGGCUGAUGAACAGUAUCAGGAAUUGAUGCAGAGGUCAAGGACAUGUGAUCCAUUAUGUUCAGUUGAUGAUGUGAGCUCCCAAGAUUUUGAAGCGAGUUACCAACCAAAGACUGAUUUCUUGAAAGCCUUUGCAAUCGUUGGAGCAGCUGCAGCUGGGGCUGUGGCAAUUAAUCACUCAUGGGUUGCCGCCAAUCAGGACAUUGCCAUGGCAUUGGUAUUCGGAUUAGGAUAUGCAGGGAUUAUCUUUGAGGAAUCUUUAGCAUUCAAUAAGAGUGGAGUUGGGUUAUUAAUGGCUGUUAGUUUAUGGAUUAUCAGAAGCAUCGGGGCUCCCUCAACUGAUAUUGCUGUGAAUGAGCUCAGUCAUACAUGUGCAGAAGUCAGUGAAAUAGUAUUUUUCUUGCUUGGUGCAAUGACCAUAGUAGAGAUGGUUGAUGCUCAUCAAGGAUUCAAACUGGUUACUGAUAAUAUAACAACUCGAAAGCCACGGACUCUUCUCUGGGUGGUUGGAAUUGUUACCUUUUUUCUAAGCUCAGUCCUUGAUAACCUUACAUCCACCAUUGUGAUGGUCUCGUUAUUGAGGAAACUAGUGCCUCCGUCAGAAUACCGGAAGUUUCUUGGAGCUGUUGUUGUGAUAGCAGCAAAUGCUGGUGGUGCAUGGACACCCAUUGGUGAUGUUACUACAACAAUGCUCUGGAUUCAUGGUCAAAUAUCCACUUUGCAGACAAUGAAGGACUUGGUCAUUCCCUCUGCUGUAUCUUUAGCAGUCCCACUGGCUCUCAUGUCCCUUACUAGUGAAGUUGAAGGGGAAGGACCUGACACUUCUGAUGUAUUGGCAUCGGAACAGAUUGCUCCUCGAGGAAAGCUUGUUUUCUCUUUUGGACUCGGUGCUUUACUAUUUGUUCCAGUCUUUAAGGCUGUUACUGGGCUCCCUCCUUAUCUGGGUAUGCUGUUUGGACUUGGUGUUUUAUGGAUUUUGACUGACGCUAUUCACUAUGGGGAGUCUGAAAGGCAGAGAUUAAAAGUACCACAAGCUUUAUCAAGAAUUGAUACCCAAGGAGCACUUUUCUUCCUGGGUAUCCUUUUGUCCGUGGGAAGCCUAGAGGCUGCUGGGCUUCUACGAGAAUUGGCAAAUUAUCUUGAUGCCCAUAUCCCUAAUAUCCAGUUGAUUGCAAGUGCAAUUGGGGUUGUGUCAGCUGUUAUAGACAAUGUUCCCCUGGUCGCAGCAACAAUGGGAAUGUACGAUCUUUCAUCCUACCCACAAGAUUCUGAGUUUUGGCAACUGAUUGCCUAUUGUGCUGGUACUGGUGGAUCAAUGCUUAUCAUUGGUUCUGCAGCUGGGGUUGCUUUUAUGGGUAUGGAGAAAGUGGACUUCUUUUGGUACUUGCGGAAGGUGAGCGGAUUUGCUCUUGCGGGUUAUACGGCAGGUAUUGUUGCGUACUUAGCUACUCAUAAUCUCGACAUCUCCCUUCCGACAUCUUUAGCCCAGGUUCCUUUCCUUCCCAGUUCAUAGGCAAAGCUGUGCUGUUGUUUCUUGGUAUUUAUUACUUCUUUCCCAUCCAUACUGCUGAAUGGGACGGAUCCAAGCUGGCCGUAUAUCCCAAUAUUCAUUCAGUGAAUACAAGGAAGAUCAAUAUAUUUGGUGUCAACAUUGGCCAAAACCUACCGCUCAGGGCCAAUGAUUGGGGAUACUAUUAUGCAUCAGCAGUGUGUUUUUACAAUCAGAACUGCGUAAUCCAUCUUAAGUUGUACACUGGAUCAGAUAGAUACUGCACUAGAUUGACCAGUAAAUAUACUUGGUAGGUAAGGACUGGUUGUGGUGUAAAAAUAGGGAACAUCAUUUCUUGUACUUCACCUGAAUAAUCAGCAUGGGUUGAAUCAACAUCCAACCUCAAGUGUUAUGUAAUAGUAGUGUUAUAGUAACGAGUCAUGUAGACGAUUUUACUGAUAAAUAUCCUCACUAGAUAGUUUGUUGUUCUCA